UAUUGGUUAGCCAUUGAUUCCCUGGACUUCGAUAUUCACUGCUGCAGUGCAAACCAGUAUUGUCAAGAAAGUUUAUUCAGGCUCAGAAUAAUGCAUCCCCUCUGCCCUCCUGCACACCAUUCUUUUUCUGAAACAAAAUUUACUCAAACCAUGUCUGCUCGACGUGCUCAUACAAAAAACAGUCGAUACGUUGCACUUUUCGCACUGCUUUGAAAAUUCUGAUUUGCACAUCUAGAGGAAAUGUGACAUGCCAUAUCCUGACCGGGAGAAAAAGAAACAAACAAGUUGUAUACCUGCCAACGGGGCGUUACCAUGUCAGUCGCCGAACUUGUCUUUCUGUGGGGGUCCCUCAGUUACGGCUAUAUUUGAUUGGCGGAGCAUUCGACGGCUGCACGAUUUGACACUUAGGGCAAUGUCAUGUCAUUCAUACUCUCACCUCGAUAAGGUACCAAGGCGACCAAGGCGAUAUUGGGGGAAGAAGGGGGGAGUCGCCCCCUCGCCAGACAAUAUACUUGCUUAUGCUACCUUUCCCUUCCGUCUCGAUAUAUAACGACCAGUCAUUGAGGCCAAGUUCCAACUCACCUAUCUCAGACUUGUUGUGCUUCUUCACAGGAGAGCGAGCAGAGAUAGAUGGUAAGCGAAGCAUGGAAGUGCUACGCCCUACCCAUGAUGAAAUCACCAUGAAAGCCAUGCGGAUAUACUAGCAGCCAGGCUGGAUCAUGAUAGAGAAGGAGCAAACUAACGGAACGACCAGUUUCCUAUCUUUGGGGGAUAUUUUGAUCGUUACGAUGAAAACAGGAUCAGACCUUUUCCCUCACCCUUACUUCUGCCCAGCGCCGAAGUCAUUUGGGAAUGCUUCGUUUUUGGAGUCAAAAGAUGACAAGAGAAAGCUUUUGAAUCUUUGCUGCCUGCGGAUGCUGCAUGAGAGUGGAGCCAUGACAUUUUU